UGACCGUACAAAUUAUCUAUGAUGAAGAAAAUCUUGUUACUCCAUUAUACACUAUUAGUAAAAUAACAAGUGUGUUUCGUAUCACCAUAACACUGAACUGAAAUGUGGUCAUGGCUUUUAAUAAACAUAAAGAGAGUGAUCUUUUUAUACUCCUUUUGACAACAGCGUUUAUCAUGCCAGUCCUAGCGACAACAAAUAUUGACUGCAAAGGGAAAGCUUUUCACUGUUUUAAUUCAACGCAUUUUAAAAUAUGCGUUGAUCUCGGCGGUGUUUCCAAAACAGUUGACGACUUUCUUAUACCAUGCCCACCAAGUACAGUGUGUACAGAAAAUAAUUAUUUUGAAUGUGAAUACCAAAUUUCGACCACUUCUGCCGCAAUGCCAAUACAGAGUGAUGUAACGAACGAAUUUAUCGAAAAAAUUGAAUCUACUCCUUGGGAAUUAUUUGAUGUUACUACAUUGCGUUCUGUAAAUAAUGUGGAAAAUGUGACGCUGUUAGAAAACAGCACAAUAACUUUAUCUGAAAUAGUGUCUGACGCAGUAGGUUUUGAAAUAGAUAAUAAUAAUACAUAUGUUAAUGACCUUCUAAAUGAAGAGAUUACCGCCAGUUAUCCACAUAACACGAAAAAAAAUGACUUAAGUGACAGUGAUAAAAGCAAUUUACCUCAACAAGUUUCAAUUUUGAAUAAACAACUAACUUCUACAACAAUAACUUCUGCUACGAUUGAUAAUGUAAGCUCAAAUAUUUCAUCUGCAGCGGUAUCAGAAAAUUAUUCAGGUACUGCAAGUGAUUUAUCGAUUGAAUUAAUUAACACUAUCGUAACAACACCUUUAAGUACUGGUGAAGACGUGGAUUUCACUCAAUUAUUUUCUACUGUCAUUACUGAUAAUUUAAAGAAGUCAGAUUCAACACGUAAAGUUAAAAACUACUUAACCAAUGACAUUUCGAUUGGUGUAUAUGAACCUGUUACAACAACACCUAUGAAUAAUAUAAGAAACAAUGAUCUUAUUUCAACAGAAUUACUCUCGCCGCUAGAAACUGAUAAUUUAAGCACAUCACUUGCCACAGAAAAGUCAUCCAUCUACUCAGGCUCGCAAAGUAAGAUAUCGAGCAAUUUAUAUAAAGAUGUGACAUCAACAUCGACAACUACAGUAAGCGAAGUUUCUGCAUUCGCUAAAUUAUUUUCUCCAUUUAAAACUAAUGAUUUAAGCCCAAGAAAUUCAUUCACAACAGAAAAAAGUGAAGUAUUGGUAGACCUAUUUAAUUCUUACAAUACGAUAGGCCCUCUAGCAUUAGCUACUACUAAAGCAAAUCCUAUGAGUAUUACAAAUGUGGCAAUGAAAAAUGACAAUUUGGAAAGUUCUUCUAUCAAAGAAAAAAAACCGCCCAUAAAUAGGGUUGAUCCGACUUCGACACAUACGUCAGUGGCAGAUUCUACUCUGACGGAAAUAGCAAUCUCCUCAUGCACUGAAAGCGAAAUAUCGAUUGAUUUAAAUAAAAACGUGACACCAUCACCGAAGAAUCAAGAUUACAUAUCAACCAAAUCAUCUUAUUCGAAGAAAAGGAUGGAUUUAACCCCAAAUACAACAGCAGCUACAAAAGGAAAUAUAGUUACUAAAAGUGAAAUAUUGGUUGAUUUAUUCAAUCCCGUUACAAAAGCACCUUUGAAGAAUGUAGUAACUGAAGAAUUUAAUAAAGAUUUGAUGCCAACAACAAAAUAUUUUUCUGAGAACAAGAAUUAUAUAAAUGCUGAAAACAUUGUAAAGGAGAUUUCCUCAGAUAACAUUAAUUUUUCUUCAUUCUCUGAUUAUAAUUUAGCAAGUACUCAACAGUAUACUACAAUACCCCCUCCAACGGGAGCUACUACUAAGACAAAUGAGUUCAAUGCUACAAAUGUGGUAUUGAACAGUUUAGAAAGUUCUUCUAUCAAUAAAGAAAGCACUCACAUAAAUAGGAUUGUCAAUACUUCGGCACAUACGUCAACGGCGGAUUCUGUUCUGGAGGACAAGGUAGCAAUCUUCUCAGGCACUGAAAGCCAACCGUCGAUUGAUUUGUAUAAAAAAGUGAUACCAGCACCGAAUAAUCAAGAAUUAUCUUCUUUAGGCAAUACUGUUUCCACCUCAACAGCAGCUCCAAAAAAAUAUAUAGUUACUGAAAGUGGAAUAUCUGUUGAUUUAUUUAAUACUGUAAUACCAACAUCUUUAGAUGAAAAAGAAAAUGAAGAAUUAAAUAAAGAUUUCAUACCUACGAAAAAAUCUUUUUUAGUGAACGAGAAUUAUAUAAAUGCUGAAAACAUUGGAAAGGGGUCAUCGUCAGAUAACAUUAAUUUAUUUUCAUUUUCUGAUUAUAAUUUACUAAGUACUCAACAGUAUACUACAAUAGGCCCUCCAACAGGAGCUACUACUAAAGCAAAUGAGUUAAAUGCCAUGAGGAUUACAAAUGUGGCAAAGAAAACGAACACUUUAGAAAGUACUUCUAUCAAUGACAAAAAUUCGCGCACAAAUAGGAUUGAUUCGACACAAACGUCAAUGGCGGAUUUUGUUCUCAAAGAAAAAAAAGAAAUCUACUCAGACGCUGAAAGGGAAAUAUCGAUGGAUUUAUAUAAACACGCGAUACCAGCACCGAAGAAUCAAGAUUAUACAUCAACCAAAAUUCCUUCUUCACAGGAAAAGGUUGACUUAAGUCCAAUUAAUUCAAUUACAACGGCAGCUACAAAAGAAUAUACAGUUACUGAAAGUGAAAUAUUAGUUGAUUUAUUUAAUCCUGUUACAACAACAUCUAUGAAUAAUAUGGAAACUGAAGAAAUAAAUAAAGAUAACAUACCUACGACAAAAUCUUUGUCUGCGAACGAGAAUUAUAUAAUUACUCAAAACAUUGUAAAUGGGUCAUCAUCAAAUAACAUGAAUUUCUCUUCUUUAUCUGAUUAUAAUUUUGCAAGUACUCAACAGUAUACUACAUUGGAUCCUCAGAUCCAAAAUAAUACAAUUUACAAUGAGUUAAAUGCAGUGAGUUUUUAUAAAAAUGCAAGUGAAUUUUAUACAAAUGUUGCAAUGAAAACUUCUCAGGGAUUGGAAGAUUCUACGACUGCUGCUUCAGCAGCAGAUGCUACUUUAGUAGCUUUAAAUAAUACUAUGGAAGGAUUUUCAAUUACGGAACAGCAUGAUUUUGUGCCGUUAAUAAGUAAAAGUAACCUAAUUUCUGAAAAAAUUGAAACAAGCUCAUUAUUAGAUUCCGAUGGUGGAAAUGUUUAUCAGAGUACAAAUAUGAAAGGUGUAAAUUUGCAAAGCAAAGCUUCCACGAUAAAUUUAAACGGAUGGUUUACAAAUAUUACAAAGAAAAUUUCUAAUGGGGCUGUUAAAGAAAUUUUAAUGCCUAAAAAUGAAUCUGACAUUAAAGGUACAACGUCGCCAAGUGCGGAUUUUAUACCGAAAGUAACAAAUGCUUACAGUGAUGAAACAAAUUUUACAGCACCUGUAAACAUACGGUUAAAUAACACUACCGAUUUGUUUUUAAUUCAGGACAAUAAUGUAUUACCUUCACCCAUAAUGUUAGCAACUGAAAACAUUGUGACGAAGUCAUCAGAUGUGUAUGAUACGACUAUUAGAAUCAUUGCAGAAUCACAUAUAACGAAUACAAAUCAAGACAAUAACAUGACCAAUGCUAACCUAUCAAUAUUGUAUAUAAAUAAUGAAACCCCACUGUAUCCGUCAACUACAGAAAACCAAAUACCGUUAAAGACGGAAAAUGUAACAUAUGGGAUGGGAAUUAGUAAAAAUGUAACUAAAAUUGAUAUCUCAACGAGAAUGAUUAUUAAUGAACAUAAUUCUACAAGCGCAAAACCGGUAAAUUUGAAUACCAAGCCUCUAAUAUACUACAAUAACAGUUACGCUGGUUCGAAUGACAACAUUUUCAGUAGCACAAAUACUCAAACUACUACUGAGAAUGUAGCUAAGUCAUUAAGUUUGAUCUUACAAUCAUCUGAAAUAACCCAGACUAAGGACUCCUCCUCUAGGGAGGGUAAUAUUUUGCCGCCUCUUGUAAGAGAUAUACAAAAUAGCUCGUUUGGUGAAGCUAAGAAGACUAUUAUUUUUCACACGUCACGGGAUUUAAAACUAGACAAAGGUAGCACUUAUAGUAUAAGUAAAAAAGAAUUUCCAGUUAGCACAGAAUUUAUUUUAACUAAAACUUCGAAAAAUAUUUUUAAUGAUAAAAUCAGAACUAUAGAUGAAGAUCAGGACAACAUAACGCCAGCACUAGAAAUCAAUAAUAAUAGAAUAUCUUCCACAAGUUCUGGAAUGCAUAUAUUGGUCAGUACAGAUAGACCAAGUCUGCUAAGGCCAGAUUUACUCUAUAACAAAAAUAAAUAUGCCACGAAUACAUUAAAACCUAUACCUUCACAGUUAAAAAAUAGUAAUUUUCAAAGCAAUACCGCGCCAGCUAAAAUCCAAAAUGAAAAUACUACAAAAGGGAAUACCAUAUUAACUAAUCAUACUAAAGCUAAUUCACAAAUAACUCAGAUGCAAAUGAAAAAAACAUCUAUUCCCGAAAAAGAGUUACGUGUGAGUGCGACACCAACCAUAGAUUUUGUGGAUAUUGCAAUAAAAAGUAAAAAUAUUUCAACUUAUAGCAUUUUAUCAGACAAUAUAAACAAUGAAAAUAAUAAAAUUAAAGAAGAACCAACCAAAAUUGUCUCAGAGUUUGGCGGUUUGAAUAUACAAGAUAACAUUGCUAAAAGUGUUUUGCUGUCAAAUCAGCAGUUACAAAACGUAACACAUAAUAACGCAAAUAACUCACAAUUACACAAAAAGAAGAAUAUUGAUUCAACGGAUUAUACUUACAAUAAGUUAAUUUUAGAUGGGAAUACCCAAUCACCCUCGUUUGAUAAAAUUGAUAUUGCAUUACAACCAUUAAAAACGAAGAUCGAAACAAUAUCAUUGGGUGUAGAACGUAAUAAUGAAGCGAAGGAUACAUUGAGUAGAAACUUGGUCAAUAUUUCGGCAAUAAAUGGUCAACUUUUCCACAAAUCGGCAGAGAGUAGAACUAUACGGCCAAAUUCCUUAAUGAAUAGGUCCAGCUCAUUUUAUUUACCUUCAUUUAAAAAUCAUACAUUUAAUAAUUCAACAUCUAAAGUAAUUAAUUUAACUGAUGUUAAUAACAUUUUUUUGGGUAACUUUAUGAACAAACAACGUGAAAGUUUGGACACUGCCAAUCAAAGUAGUAAAUUCAAUAGAACACAAAUAAUUACCAAAUUAGUAGAUAAUUCAAGCACAUCAUCCUCUAAUACAUACAAUAUGUUUAUAUUGAAAAUUAAAGUUCAAUUUAAUAAUAAAAGCAACAAUCUUGACAAGUAUCAUAAUAAUCAAAAUGUACGAAAAACUACUGUUCGUGUGCUAAAAAACGAUGACAAAGGAUUGGAAAAAAAUACUAAUAAAACGAACAUUGAUUUAAUGAAUAGAAAUGUAUUUAAUAGUGAAACUACUGAGUCAAAAUUCAGCUGUAAUAAUCGACAUCGUGGGAAAUAUUCUGAUAAAAAUAAUUGCCAAAAUUUUUACAUAUGCAUAGGAAGACGUGAACCAAUCUUUGGCGAAUGCCCUAAUAAAACAGUUUUUAGCGAAAUUUCAAAACAAUGCACUAAAAAUCUGUCACAUUGUAUCAGGAACAAUCAAUUUCAGUGUGUAUCACCAGGAAGGUUUAUUGAUAUUUUUUCCGAUCAGUUUUAUUACAUUUGUGUAAAAAAAAAAGAAGGGCACAUAAGAUUUAAAUUGAAAUGUCAGAAAGGAUAUCAUUUGAAUAAAACUAAUCUUCAAUGCGUUUUAGAUUUAUUUAAUGGGUCUAAGUCUAAUGAAGAUAGCACAAAGUUUGAUAGCGACAAAAGUACAACUGAAAGUAAAUCUAAAGAAGAUUCAAAAAGGAAGAACGAAGAAAUGAAAAAUUUCAAGGAUUUUGAAUGUAAAAAGGAAGGCAAAUUUGUAUAUCAGAACGAUUGUAGAAAAUAUUAUCAAUGUUCAAGAAGUAGUCGAACAGUUUUCCGCCGUAAGAUCAAAAAGUGUGAUUCCGACGAAGUUUUUAAUAAUGAAAAGAAAAAAUGCGUAGAUGAAGAGAGUUACGAAUGUAAAUAAUUAAGGAUAUAGUUAAUUAUUUAUUGCGUUUUUGUUGAAUUGAGUGGAGCUAUUUAUAAGCAAUGUCAAAGAUCUUUUACAUUACUAGUUAUUAUUUAAAAUUUUAUUUACAAUUU